AUGGGUUGCAUCACAGAGAUCCUCGCUAGACAAGCGGCAAUUGACGUCGUGCUGCGAUACGCAGACGCCCUAGAUCGUGCCGACGAAAACCUAUUCGAAUUUUGUUUCGCUGAGGAUGCUACAAUCGACCUCAGCCCGUUUUCAGUCCUUGGGAUGGACUACAAGCCGAUUCAAGGACGUAAAGAGAUUACCAGCGCUUGCAUGAGUGCAGUCGGCACGACUAUGGAAACCACUCACUCCUUGACUAAUUUCUUGGUUAAGUUGAAUGAGCAAAACACUGCCGCUAGUAUCACUUGCUACUCAGAAUCUCAACACAUCAAGAUAGGACAGGCUUUUCACUCCGACUCCCAGGAUAGCUCUCUGAUAGUCAAGUGUCGAUAUGAAGCAACGGUUGCUCAACAGGGGUCCGAGUGGAAGAUUGAAAGUUUGAAGGUAGUCCCACUAUGGAGCAGGGGCAGCAUGACGGUUUUUCAGCCAGCAACGGAAUGA